AUGGCCGGGCCCCAGCGGCUGCAGGACGUGAUGGACAUCGAGCUCAAGCCCAAACCCUCGCGGCCGCACUGGUACGAGCGCCACGUCCAGCCCUGCGUGGCCGAGCUGCUGGGCAGUGCCCUCUUCAUCUUCAUCGGCUGCCUGUCGGUGGUGGAGGACUCGGGGGGCACGGGGAGGCUGCAGCCCGCCCUGGCACACGGGCUGGCCCUGGCGGUCACUGUCGCCGUCCUGGGGGACAUCAGCGGAGGCCACUUCAACCCCGCGGUGUCGCUGGGCGUGUGGCUGCUCGGGGGGCUCCACAUCACCAUGCUCAUCCCCUACUGGCUGUCCCAGCUCUGCGGAGGGAUGAUCGGAGCCGGCCUGGCAAAGGCCGUGGCACCGAGCGAGCGCUUCGGCAACGCCAGCGGAGGAGCCUUCGGCGGCAUCACGGCUGAGGAGCAGGUCCCCGCUGUCCUGCUCGGGGAGAUUGUGCUCAGCUCCUUCCUGCUCCUCGUGGUCUGCAUGGGAGCCAUCAACGGCAGGAGCAGGACCCCGCUGGCCCCGCUCUGCACCGGCCUCACGGUCACCGCCGACAUCCUGGCGGGGGGCGGCGUGUCCGGAGCCUGCAUGAACCCAGCCCGAGCCUUCGGGCCAGCUCUGGUGGCAAACUACUGGGACUACCACUGGGUGUACUGGGUGGGGCCCAUGGUGGCUGCCCUGCUCGUCGGGGUGCUGCUGAGGUUCCUGCUGGGUGACCAGGCCACGCGUCUGCUCCUGAAGUGA